AUGGACUUACAAUUAACCAUAUUAAAGACCGUUGACAAAUAUAAUGAAGUUGACAAUACUUUAGAAUGUCCGGAAUUAAAAUCUUUUGAUAUUAAUUCUUUACAUUCAAAUUUAACUUCAUUAUGGUCAAAAGAAUUAAUCAACUUUGAAAAAAUCGAAACUGAACAUUGGGAAUUAUUACCUGAAGCUAAAGAUUUCUUAAAGAAUGGAUCUCAUGAAAUCAGAUUCUUAGAAGAAGUUAUCAAAUCUAUUGAUGGAUUAAAAUUAAGUGAUGUAAAUAAAUUAGGUCCAGUAGGUAAAUUAGGUCAAGGUAAAGCUUUUAAAAAUGGAUGGAUCAGUAAGAAUGAUGAUAAAUUAAUUUCAAAAGUUGAUAAAGUACCAGAAGAUUCAGUUGUUAAAUAUUUAAAAGAAAUCGAAGAAACAGGUAAAUUAAGUGAUAAAAAAGAAUUAACAGAAUUGAAAAAGAGAAAAUUAAUUCAAUUAAAUAAGAUUGUUGGUUAUAAGAUUACUAAAACUGAUAAGUUCCAAGUUGAAAUUGUUAAUUUAGAAACUGAUAUUACCAGUGAUAUGAUUAUAAAUAAUGAAUGGAGUGAUAAAAAAUUCAAACCAUAUAAUUUUAACUCUGAAGGGGUUUAUCCAUCAUCAGGUUCAUUACAUCCAUUAAAUAAAGUUAGAGAAGAAUUUAGACAAAUUUUCUUCUCCAUGGGAUUUACUGAAAUGCCAUCAAAUCAAUAUGUUGAUACCGGAUUCUGGAAUUUCGAUACUUUGUAUGUUCCUCAACAACAUCCUGCAAGAGAUUUACAAGAUACUUUCUAUUUAAAAGAUCCUGUAAGAGGUGAUGAACCUGAAGAUAAAGAAUAUAUGAAAAAUGUUCAACAAGUUCAUCAAGAAGGUAAAUAUGGAUCUAUUGGUUAUAGAUAUCCUUGGAAAUUAGAAGAAAGUUUAAGAAUGGUAUUAAGAACUCAUACCACAGCUAUUUCUGCUUCAAUGUUAAAACAAUUAGCUGAUGAUCCAAAACCUUGUAGAUUAUUUUCCAUCGAUAGAGUUUUCAGAAAUGAAGCUGUUGAUGCUACUCAUUUAGCUGAAUUCCAUCAAGUUGAAGGGGUUAUGGCUGGUUAUGAUAUCACUUUAGGUGAUUUAAUUGGUUUUAUGGAAGAUUUCUUCGGUAAAAUGGGGGUUAAUGGUUUAAGAUUCAAAGCUGCUUAUAAUCCUUAUACUGAACCAUCAAUGGAAAUUUUCGCUUAUCAUAAGACUUUAAAGAAAUGGGUUGAAAUUGGUAAUUCUGGUAUGUUCAGACCUGAAAUGUUGGAAUCAAUGGGAUUACCAAAGAAUUUAAGAGUUUUAGGUUGGGGUUUAUCUUUAGAAAGACCAACUAUGAUUAAAUAUAAUGUUUCAAAUAUCAGAGAAUUAUUAGGUCACAAAGUUUCUUUAGAUUUCAUUGAAACUAAUCCUGCUGCUAGAUUAGAUGAACUUUUAGUUUAA